AUGUUGUCUGUCCAUCCCCAAGAUAUCCAAGAGCAGCACCGCCGAUACAGCCAGCACUACCAUCAGCGCAACCCUCACCACGAACCCAGCCCCAACGGCAACAUCGCCUCCGGCGCCCACGCCCGUCCCCCCCAGACACACCUCGUCGCCCCGAUGCCUCACCGCGAGCCCGAGUCUCCUGUGCUGAGCCACCAGCCCUUGGGCACCAUGGGCGGCUCCAAUGCCUCGUCCAAGACGCCACAGGACGCGGCAGUUGCCCAGGCUCUCGAGAUUGCCCGCGAGAGCCCUGACGGCGCCUCGGACCCGACGGUCAGCAAGAUCCUGGAGCACGCCCUGUCACACAUCUGGGGCAAGGUCAAGGCGCAGCCGGACGGCUACAUCAUGACGCGAGACGAGUUCGCCGUCUUCAACUUCUUCCAGCACCGCUUCGUCGGCGACAAGGACGCCGUGGCUGCGAGGAAACGCUACUGGGACAACUUCCGGGCUUAG